AUGUUACCCGCACCUCCUCCCCGAACCCUCCUCUCCGACAGGUUUCCCCCCGCGUUGCUGCUCUCGAGUGCAAGUCUUCCUCUGCCAUCCUCUCAAAUACAGAUGGAGAAUCAAAUCGUAAAAGAUAUGCUCGAAAUCAUCCGGCUUGAGGAGCUCCGUGGUCACCGUGCUGCAAGAGCACGUGAGGUCGCUGCCCGUACGCACCGCAGCGGAAUCUCUAAGGGCUGGGAGGCAUACCUGAAAAGGUAUGCCAAGCAGGAGGCCACUACUAUACUACUAUACCCUAGAGCCUAG